GCGAAAGGGAGCGGAGCGGGCCGCCAUCUUAGUUCGCAAGCCAGCGGAGCCAGCGCCGGGCUGAGGAGGAGGAGGAAGAGAAGACGCGGCGGCCAGGCUGGGCUGAGAGGAACGGCUGCCUCUCCUUCCUUCCCUUUUAUUUUCCGCCCCCGGACACCCCCCUUUUUAUUUAUUACUACCGUUGCUAUUAUUUAUUAAUGUGUGGUUAUUAGUAUCGCUAAUACCCGCCCGCCCCCGUUUCCUUGAGCCCCUUUUUUUUUUGCCCUCCCCCUCAACGGGGGGUCGGUCGGGGGGCGCCGGGGAGGAGAAGGAGGAGGAGGCGAGGCGGAGAAGCGCCUUCCCGGCCUAGCAGAGAUGCUGCCCUCCCGGCUGGUGCCCGCCUGCCUCCUCCUGGCUGCGCUGCUCUGCGGACGGGUCCGCGCUGCCCGAGUUAACAAGCACAAACCGUGGAUUGAAACAACUUACCAUGGCAUAGUUACAGAAAACGACAACACAGUACUGUUGGACCCCCCAUUGAUAGCACUGGAUAAGGAUGCACCUCUCCGUUUUGCAGAGAGUUUUGAGGUGACAGUCACCAAAGAAGGUGAGAUUUGUGGGUUUAAAAUCCAUGGCCAAAAUGUCCCUUUUGAAGCGGUGGUGGUGGAUAAAUCCACCGGGGAGGGGAUGAUCCAAUCCAAAGAGAAACUGGACUGUGAGCUGCAGAAGGACUACACAUUCACCAUCCAGGCCUAUGAUUGUGGGAAGGGCCCAGACGGAGCAAAUAUGAAGAAAUCCCACAAAGCAACGGUGCAUAUCCAGGUGAAUGAUGUCAAUGAGUAUGCCCCGGUGUUUAAAGAGAAGUCCUACAAAGCCGCCGUUAUUGAGGGCAAGAGGUACGACAACAUCCUGAAAGUGGAAGCAGUGGAUGCCGACUGCUCUCCCCAGUUCAGCCAGAUUUGCAGCUAUGAAAUCGUCACACCAGAUGUUCCCUUUGCUAUUGACAAGGAUGGUUACAUUAAGAACACAGAGAAGCUGAACUACGGCAAGGAGCACCAGUAUAAGCUCACCGUGACGGCCUAUGACUGCGGGAAGAAGAGAGCUGCCGAGGACGUGCUGGUGAAGAUCACCAUUAAACCUACAUGCAAGCCAGGCUGGCAAGGCUGGAGCAAAAGAAUGGAGUACGAACCUGGAACUGGCUCCCUCGCUCUCUUUCCCAACAUCCAUCUGGAGACAUGUGAUGAGCCCAUCACCUCCGUGCAGGCCACAGUUGAGCUGGAGACCAACCAUAUCGGGAAGGGCUGUGACCGAGAUACUUACUCUGAGAAAUCCCUUCACAGGCUCUGUGGUGCUUCCUCUGGCACAGCUGAGCUGCUUCCUCCUCCGAGCAGCACGGCGAACUGGACAAUAGGCCUUCCGACUGACAACGGCCAUGACAGCGACCAGGUCUUCGAGUUCAACGGCACCCAAGCCGUGAAGGUCCCAGACAACGUUGUCACCGUCAACAUGAAAGAGCCUUUUGUGGUUUCAGUGUGGAUGAGGCAUGGGCCUGGGGCCAGGGAGAAGGAGACCAUCAUCUGCAACUCAGACAAGACAGAUAUGAACCGGCACCACUAUUCCCUCUAUGUGCACAAUUGCCGUCUCGGGUUCCUCUUUCGUCAAGAUCCUUCGGAGGGGCAGAGUUACAAACCAGCAGAAUUCCACUGGAAGCUGAACCAGGUGUGCGACAAGGAAUGGCAUCACUAUGUCCUCAAUGUCGAAUUUCCAGCAGUGACCCUGUACGUGGAUGGAGUUUCCUUUGACCCUCUAUCAGUGACGGAAGACUACCCGCUCCAUCCCUCCAAAAUAGAAUCCCAGCUGGUGGUCGGAGCCUGCUGGCAAGAAUAUACAGGAAAUGAGAAUGACACAGAAAAAGCGACCGAGACCCCUGCAGGUGGAGAGCUCCGCAUGGCCCAGUUCUUCCGAGGCAAUUUGGCCGGCUUAAUGAUCCGCUCUGGUAAACUGGAGAACAAGAAGGUGAUUGACUGCCUUUACACCUGCAAGGAAGGACUGGAUUUACAGACGUCAGACGGCGUCGGCAAAGGCCUGAAGAUCCACAUGAACCCGAGCCAGUCAGUGUUGAGCUUGGAAGGAGACGACAUUGACCGGUUUGACAAGGCCAUGCAGCACAUCGCCUACCUAAACUCCCGCCAGUUCCCCACACCUGGGAUCCGGAGGAUCAAGAUCACAAGCACCGUGAAGUGUUCCAACGACGAAGCCUGCAUCGCCAUCCCCUUUGUGGACGGCUACAUCAUGGUCCUGCAGCCUGAAGAGCCCAAGAUCAGCCUGAGUGGCAUCAACCACUUUGCCCGCUCGGCUUCGGAGUUCGAGAGCCCCGAAGGGGUCUCCCUCUUCCCUGAGCUUCGCAUCAUCAGCACCAUCACGCGGGAGGUUGAGCCGGAGGGGGAGGGAGAUGAGGACCCCACAGUCCAAGAAUCACUGGUGUCUGAGGAGAUCAUGCACAACUUGGAUACCUGCGAGGUUACGGUGGUUGGUGAUGAGCUCAGCCAGGAGCAAGAGAGCUUGGAGGUCGACAUGGUCAGGCUGCAGCAGAAGGGGAUGGAGAUGAGCACUUCCAACCUGGGCAUGAUCAUCACCGGGGUUGAUACUAUGGCCAGCUAUGAAGAGGUUUUGCACUUGAUUCGCUACCGCAAUUGGCAUGCAGUGUCUCUGUUUGACCGCAAGUUCAAGCUGGUAUGUUCGGAGCUGAAUGGGCGCUACGUCAGCAAUGAAUUUAAAGUGGAGGUAAACGUGAUCCACACCGCCAACCCCGUGGACCAUGCCAGCCACAUUGCAGCACAGCCUCAGUUUGUCCAGCCCGUCCACCAUUCCUUUGUCGACCUCUCUGGCCACAACCUGGCUAGCCCUCACCCAGGAUUUUCAGUGGUCCCAAGCACUGCCACUGUUGUGAUUGUGGUCUGCGUCAGCUUCCUAGUAUUCAUGAUCAUCCUGGGCGUGUUCCGGAUCAGAGCUGCCCACCAGCGGACGAUGCGGGACCAGGAUUCUGGGAAGGAGAAUGAGAUGGACUGGGACGACUCAGCCUUGACCAUUACUGUCAACCCCAUGGAGACAUACGAGGACCAGCACAGCAGCGAGGAGGAGGAGGAAGAAGAGGAGGAGGAGAGCGAGGAUGGGGAGGAGGAGGACGACAUCACCAGCGCUGAGUCCGAGAGCAGUGACGAAGAGGAGGGGGAGCGGGAAGAGGACCAGCAGAACGUGAACAGGCAGCAGCAGCUAGAAUGGGAUGACUCCACGCUCACCUAUUGAUCCCAGCUCCCUCCGCUGUUGUAUGUCUCUCUCUGUCUGUCUCUCUCCUUUGUUCUUCUGCCCUAGAAGACUCCGCGGCAAAACCACUCCAUCGCUCCUGAGAAUCCAUGGCGUGAACAGAGUCGCUUAGGCCCCCAGAGCUGACCAACACUCCCCCCCCUCCCUAGACCCCCUGUCCUGGUGUCCUGUCUCUUCUUUCCUGGCUAAUCUCACCAAUCAAAAUCUCGCACCUCUAGAAAUUUAUUUAGUACCUAUUUCUCCCUCGCCUCACAAUGACUGGAUUAUUUUUAUUUCUACUCUGCAAGGAACUGCCUUGUGCUAUCUGUCUCUCUCACUCACACACUCCUUGUGUCAUCUCAUUUAAGGGACGUGACCAGCCCUCUAGUCAUUGCACACGCUAGACCAUGAUUUUGAGGUUUUUUUAAUCUUAUUUUUGGUCCGGCACUAGGCUUCUGGCGUCGUUUCUCAUGCUUUCUUGUUGGGGUGGUUGAGUGUAAAAUAAUAAUAAUAAUAAUGCCAGGAUCCUUCUCUCACAAAAAGAUUAACUUUUUUAAAACUUUUGGGUCGGAUUUAUUAUUAUUUUUAUUAUUAUUAUUUUGUGGCUUGUUACAUCCCUGUGAUUCUUCUUCUUCUUUUUAAAUGCAUUUCUUUUCCUCCUCCUGAACUCUAGUGCAUGUGUAAAGUGGCAGAAUGAGGUUAACUAUGUUAGAAGAUUUAACAGACUUUUUAAUAUUUUGUAAAUAAUCUUGGAAUUAUGUAAUUACGUCAUUUGUGGUAGUGAAAACGGGGGAAGGGGGGAGGGGGGGACACAGGCCAUGCUAGGGUUUUAAAAUCAAAAAUCAUGCCGCAUGAUGUAAUAAUAAGGUUUUGGGUUUUCCUCCCCACCAAAAAUUCCUGCAGCAGCAGCAUGGGGCAAGUUUAAUUAGCGUAGAGGAAAAGCUAACGACGAUCCAAUGGCAUUGGAUUAGACUGCCAUCUUCUCUCUGGCACAACUCUACUGAUGGGUUUCUCCCCUUUUUAUUUUUUUAUAUUUUAUUGUUGUGGGAGGGGGUGGCAAAAAAUGAUUUGACCAUGAAGGCAUAUUCAUGGGACCCCCCCCCCCCUUUUCUGGGUCCAACUGUCCUUCCUCUUGCAUUCUGGGUCCUGGUCUGUUUCAGUUUUAGGGACAGUAAGGUGGGCUGGCCAGAUCACACAAUUUCUUUUGCACAAAGGGAGACAGCCCAGUUGGACCACUUGGGCCUGGUGCUCUCUCUGGGUUGCACACUACUAGUCACGCAGGUGGCUCGGUUGAUUGUAAAAAGACAGUGUCGCAGGAAGGGUGCUUCUGUUUUGGCUGCCUGUCUUAAGUCGUGAACUUGAAUAUACAUUUUGGAGAGGAGGAGGUCAGGUCGACUUUCCUUGCUGGCAUCAUUCCUGUUUUUUUAAAAAAACAAACACUCCUGUCCAUUGCCUGUAGCUCCUUUGGUACAAUUAACGUGGGGACGUUGGGUCUCUUUUUAUUAUAAGCUUCCGUUCUCUUCUUUUGGUCGUUGUUUACACUGAACAUAUGCGCUACCUUUCUGUCAAAACUAGGGCAUAAGUUAUUCCCAGUGGUGACCUUGUGAAUACUCUUUAAUUAAGCAGUUUAGUCCACAAGGUUUGGAGAUGGGGCAGGGGGUUGUCGGUGGGAAGACCAUGCCCAGUAAAAUAUUUCACCCCAAUUUGGAAGGGACUGGAGUGGUUUUCCGAAAAGCAAGUUAUGACCCCGAUGGCAGUGGUGAGUGCUGGGCUUUUCAUUAGACAUGUGGUCCUCCCUCUCCUCUGGUUUAACUUUUUAGAAAUCACUAUUCCUUGAGAGAGCCUCAAGUUUAUUGCUUUUACAGUUGAUUUAUUCCCCUGAAGGGGUGUUCUGCUGAAGCUUUUCUUUGUUGUGUGGGUUGCGUGCUAAGGUGAGCCAAGUUCUGACCAGCUGCUUUGCAUGAGGGGGGAAAAAUCUGGCUGCGUUGCAGUUUUAGGAGUUUGAGCAUUGGAUUCAGCAGAGCCGGGGGAGAAUGUUGGCUGCUGGAAUGUCUGUUUGUGGGGAGGCGGUUGGCUUGAUCCAGGUGGUUGGAGACAGCAGUGAGGAAAUAGUGUGAGACCUCCCCUCAUUGGUAGAAUGUCUGCUUUGAAUGCAGAAGGACUGCAGCUUCAGUCCCCUGUGGCAUCUCCAGGUAGAGCUAGGGAUGUCCCUCCUGAAAGUCCUGGGAAGGCACUGCCAGUCAGUGCAGAUAUUACUGAGCUAGAUGGCUGGCUUGGUAUAAGGCAGCUUCCUGCAAGAUGCUUCUGGACCUGGCAUUUUUAAUCUCUUACUACCUAGCAGCAGGGUUUGUUUUUGCGUAGGGAUGAAGACCUUGCAGCACUCCUGAUGUUGCUGGGCUCCUGCCCCACAGCCAGCAUGACCAAUGGUCAGGGAUGAUGGGAGCUGUGUCUGCAGGGGCAGAGUCCCCAUCCCUCAGUUAGAGGAAAGUCUCUCUGGAGUGCCUUUUACAAUAGGGUGGACCUGACGAUAGGGAAAGGCUAAGCCCCGAACAACUUGGCUCAUUCCUGCUCCCUUUGGAGGUGUGGGGGGGUUGUUUAAUUGCAAAAUGUUGAGGGGCAAGGAAGUUGGUUUUGACCACUUGUUACAAGUGCUAGUUUGAAGUAAAACAAAACAAAACGGGAAAACUUUUAACUUAUGUCCAAGUUGCCCUGUGCUUUAAAUGUCACUGUGUAGAGAAGACUCCUUAACCCUCUUUUUCAUGAUACCAUCACUGUAGCAGCUGUAUUUUAGAGACUGUAAACCUGAUCAUGACACUCUCUCUCUCUCUCUCUCUUUUAAAUGCUAAUGCUGAAAGGUUGUACACUUUUUCUGAUGCAGUAUGUAGCCAUCAUGGAUCUAACAUUUCAGAUGUGUAUAUUGGUAAAUAGGUCAAGUUUGGGGUGGGUGGGGAGUCUGAGCUACAAUAAAUUUCUGGUUCUAAAUUUU